AUGGCUAAAUUAAGUAGAAGAAGAACUCUUGAAAAAGAAUUAAAUAAAGAUUCACCAUUAGCAAGAACUUUAUCAAUUGAUUCAAUAUCAUCAAUUUUUAAAAGAAAAAGAAAAAGAGAAGAUAAUGAUUCUAUAAUUUCAAAUGAUAAAAAAGAUGAUAAAAACCAAAUCAAAAAAUCAAUAACUCAAGGUGCAGUUGAUAAUAAAUUAGAUCUUGAAGAAAAAGAACAACAACUAAAGAAAAGAAAAAUUAAAACUAAAGAACAAGAAGAAUUUGAAGAAAAUGAAAAAAAAUUAGAUUCUGAAUUACCAAUUGAAUUAAGAAAAUUUAGACCAAGAGGUUUUAAAUUUAAUUUACCACCAAAAGAUAAACCAAUUAGAAUUUAUGCAGAUGGUGUAUUUGAUUUAUUUCAUUUAGGUCAUAUGAAACAAUUGGAACAAGCUAAAAAAUCAUUUGAUAAUGUACAAUUAGUUUGUGGUAUACCAUCUGAUAUUGAAACUCAUAAAAGAAAAGGUUUAACUGUUUUAACUGAUGAACAAAGAUGUGAAACUUUAAUGCAUUGUAAAUGGGUUGAUGAAGUUAUACCAAAUGCUCCUUGGUGUGUUACUCCUGAAUUUUUAAAAGAACAUAAUAUAGAUUAUGUUGCACAUGAUGAUUUACCUUAUGCAAGUACUGAUAGUGAUGAUAUUUAUAAACCAAUAAAAGAAGAAGGUAAAUUUUUAACUACUCAAAGAACUGAUGGUAUUUCAACAUCAGAUAUAAUUACUAAAAUAAUUAGAGAUUAUGAUAAAUAUUUAAUGAGAAAUUUUGCAAGAGGUGCAACAAGAAAAGAAUUAAAUGUAAGUUGGCUUAAAAAAAAUGAAUUGGAAUUUAAAAAACAUAUAAAUGAUUUUAGAACUUAUUGGAUGAAAAAUAAAAUUAAUUUAAAUAAUGUUAGUAGAGAUUUAUAUUUUGAAAUUAGAGAAUUUAUGAGAGGUAAAAAAUUUGAUGUUCAACAAUACUUGGAAAAUCAAAUUCAAAAUCAAAAAUUAUUAAAUAAUGGAAAUAAUAAUGGAAAUAAUAAUGGAAAUAUUAGAAAUAAUAGAAAUGGUACAAAUUCAAAUCAUUCAUUUAGUGAUGAUGAAGAUUCAAUAUCAUCUAAAAGUCCAUUAGCUGAAUUUGCUGCAAAAUAUGUUGGUAAUGCAAAUAAAGAAUUAAAUAAUGCAGGAAAAGCUAUAUAUUCUUGGAUUCAUAGUAAUAAUGAUAGUAAUGAAGAAGAAGAUGAUGAUGAAACAUUUGAUGAAGAUGAAGAUGAAGAUAUAAAGCCUAUAGAGAUAAGACCUUCUAAAAGGUCAAGAAGAAGGAGUAGUUCAAGUGGUUCUGUUAAUUUAUUAAAAUCUGCUACACCUGUUAAAUCAUUAACUCCAUUAAGUAAAAAUUCAACUCCAUUAAAAAAUUCAACACCUGUAAAGACUCCGAAAAAAAAAACAGGAAUUCCUAAAUGA